AUGGAUCAUCUCAAAGAAGAUUUCGAUCCAACCACUUUCACAGCGGCGCAAUUGAGAAAAGUAUUGAACUUGCAUGAGAUUCAAUAUGAUAGCUCUGCUCCAAAGUCCUCUUUGAUUGAAAUUUUCAACAAGGAAAUUGCUCCUAAUUCCAAGAAGUUACUUUCAGAAUAUAAUGCAAAAGUCGAGAAUAUGAAUGAUGAUGAUUUCAUAAACGCUAGCGACUUUGAUAAACCUAGUGAGAAAUCAACAACUUCUGAAAAGGCAUCUGCUUUGUUUGUUAGUGACACUGAAUCAGAUGGUGAAAAUGAAAAAAUUGAUGUGUCUAAAACAAGAAACAAAACCAAGAAAGUUACUAAACCAAAAUUAAGAGCAAGUUCUGGGAAUCAGAAAUCUACUUCUAGGUCAUCUUCGAGAACAAAAAGUCCUGAAUCGGAAUCUGACACAGAAAGCAAAGAUGAUGAAGCAAAACCUGCCUCUAGAUCGUCCUCAAGAUUAUCAUCUAGAGGUAAUCGAUCAAAACCGUUGAAUAGUUUAUUUGAUCUUGAUGAUUCGGUACUCAAUCUUAGAAAACCUUCUAAAAACUCCAAAUCAAAACUGAGAACCACACUGAAACUGAAGACGAAAAAGACAGCCGAAUCAACUCCGGAAGUUACUGAAACCAGUGAUACUGAAAAGGAGAAAGUCGAAGAACCAGUUAAGAAGGAAACUGGCAAAGAAAGCACACCCGAAAACACUAAUUUCAGUAAAGAAAAUGUUUUCCAAUCACCUCCUGGUUCGUCAACGAAAAAAAGAAAACAUCAAGAUGCCGAAGAAGAAGAAGAUGAUAGCACUCUUGUGAAAAAGAUUAAACCUUCUCAACGUACUGCUGAAGAAAACAGAUCAUUAUUUGAUGACGACAAUGAUAGUGAUGUUGAAUUCCUUGAAGAGUUUAUGCGAACUGAAAAGAAAAAGAGUUCAAAAGUUUUGAAAUCCGGCAAUUCCCAAACUCUGGCUCCUUCAUCAUCAACCAAGAAAGAACCUAAAAAGAAGGAGAUUUUGUUAUUUUCGCCUGGAUCUGCCUCUAAAGUCAAGAAACCUAAAUCACUGACUAAAAAGGUAACACCAAAGAAAUCAGGCGAAAAGUUAGUGCCAUCUGCAGCUACUAAUGACAAGUCUUUUAAAUCCAUUGAAGACGAAACUAAAGAUUUUGAUGCAGAAUUGAAGAAAAUUCAAAACAAGAAAAAUCAACCACAAGUCAAUCCUGAUUUAGCAAAACUGUUGGGUAUUACAAUUCAAGGAUUUGAGCCUCCUGUUGUUACACCAUCUAAGACAAAAGAUAUCUUAAAGGACUUAACGCCUGCUAAAGAUGAAUCAACUCCAGUUACUAAAGUUGAAAAACAGCAGAUUACCAAUAACAGUGCCUCUAAAACGGAAACACCAAAAAAGUUGAAUACCUCGAAUGAGAAACCAAAGAAAAAGAGUACCAAAAUACAAACUGCUAGAAAACGUCCUUCGAAUGUUUCGACUCCAUCUACUAAAGGCAAAUCAACCAAAAAGAUAUCUCCAUUGGUUACUAAAUCUGCAUUGACACCUAAACCAAGAUUGAUUUCCUUAGGUUCACAAAAAUAUGAGUCUGACGACGAAUCAGACGAAGAAGAUGUUUCUGAAAUAAGAAAGCCAGUAACAGCAACCAAAGAUGUUGAUUCAGCGGGCACUUCGACCAAACCGUUUGCAUUACCAUUUUCAAUACGAAGAUUUUUGUUAUCGAUGUUCUUAUGGGUGUUUGUAUGUAGCGGUGGUCUUUUUGGGUUAUGGUACUAUGAACAGAAAUAUGCUGUUGGAUACUGUGGACAAGAAAUUGAUCAACCAACAUUCAUCAAUUAUGAUAAUGAAUACUUGAAUAAACUUGGUCAAUUGUUAGAUACUAAUUUUAAACCAGAAUGUAUAAAUUGUCCUUUACAUGCCAGAUGUUACGCCAAUUUGGAAAUUGGAUGUUUCGAAGAUUUCAUGGAAUAUAAACCUUGGUUUGAUUUUAUUGUACCAGGGCAUAAAAAGUGUAUUCCCGACACUAAAAAGGCUGAGAAAUUAGAGAUUAUGAUUGAUGUUGCGUUGGAUUUGUUAAGAAGCAAAAAUGCUGCCAUUCAAUGUGGACAAAACCCUAAUGAUGAAGAAAGUGGAAUCAAAUUGAAUGAUUUACAUGAUUUGCUUUUAUCGAUGAAAGCACCAUAUAUUACUAUUGAUGAAUUUGAAGAAUUAUGGGAUCGAUCGGUGAUUGAAUUAGAAAAAGAACCCGAUAUUAUAGUAAGGCAAAAGAGACAAACAAAUGUUGCAACCGGCGAAUUUACAUUUGACUUUGACAACACUGAAACGGAAAUCAAAGACAAAUACAAAAUUCUUCGAUCAACGUCAUUAUCUAACAUUAGUUUAAAAUGUCAAAUCCGUAAUAGUGUUAUGGGAAGCGUCACCGAACAUAAAUACAAAUUAUUGGGAAUUGUCUUAGCAUUUAUAAUUAUCAAGAUCAUCCAAUAUAAAUAUAGACAAUAUCAAUUAUAUCUGGUGAAAAUUGAUAUUCUUUACGAGGAAGUUUUGAAAAAAUUGAAAACUCAAUCCAAUAUGACCAAAGAAAACCCAGAAGUAAAUCCAUAUAUUGGAGCUAGUCAAUUAAGAGAUUUGAUCUUGAGUAAUGAAGAUAACUUACAUCAACGUAUCACCAUGUGGAAAGAUGUGAGUGUUAAAGUUGAACAUAAUUCCAACAUUAGUAGCCAAAUUGUAGAAAAUAAUGGUGAAAUCAUGAAAGUUUGGGAAUAUAUAGGUAUAUAA